GAUUUGUAUUUUCAGAUGAUUAAAUGAAUUCUGUUGGACGACUAUGUAGAGCGUAGGCAGUAUAUAAAUGAAGUAUGAUGAAUGGGGAUCUAUCUUCAGACUCCACGAGAUCCCUCUCUCCAGGGAUUUCCUCCCUCGCCAACCUUGGCAAUACUUGCUUUCUUAACUCAGUUCUAUACACACUCAGAUUUACUCCGGGUUUCUGUCACAACCUUCAUCACCUGAACUCCGACCUUCAGAAUAGAUUAAAGCUUGAGAAUGGUAAACCAAAACCUGAUGAAGAUAGAGAUAAUCUAGUUGAUGUUAUUCACACUCUUCAUCACCUCUUCCAGAAAUUAUGUAACUCCGACGGAUACAAGGGAGACCCCAAGGAUCCUGUCCUUCCUUCCGCCCUGCUCCAGUCUAUAGGACGCCUUUAUCCUCUAUUUGAAGGAAACCAGCAGCAGGACGCACAUGAACUUCUAGUCACCCUCCUUACUCAUCUCCAGGACGUUAAAAUCACGGGAGAUCUUAAACCGGAAGUCCUUCCUCCUCCGGUGGAAGAUAAAAAAUCCAAGAAGAAAAAUCAGCAGAAUGGAAGUACUAACAAUCUUAUUAACGCUCUAGAUGCCAAUUGUCACAACGGGACGGAAAAACCGGGAUUAGCAGAACUUAAAGAUACAAUUCCCAAUCCAUGCAAUUUUGUAAAGGAAAAGUUUGUCGGUAUAGGGGUGAUGAGAACCAAAUGUUUGGAGUGCGAGUGCAGCACUUACAAGAAGGAGGAGUUUACUAACAUAGACAUUCCAAUACAAUGUGAUGACGAUGAUGAGGAAUCGGGAUAUAAUUUCUUUAUCAACCGUAUUCUGGCCAGCGAGACUCUACGGGACGUGAACAAGUACUGGUGUUCCGAAUGCUCCCGGCUAAACGAGGCGCAAAGGACGGUCUCCUACGAGGUUCUACCGUCUGUCCUAGUUCUCCAGCUAAAACGGUUUACCACCACCUCCUCCAGAGCGUUCGUAAGUAAGCUAACCGACUAUAUUCCAACCCCUUUGAUCAUGGACUGUUUUUGUCAGAAGUGCCGUGAGCGCCCGGGUGGACCUAUUCAUAAAUAUCGUCUUUACUCGGUUAUCCUGCACCUUGGAGCUUCCCUUGCCUCUGGUCACUAUAUUGCCUGUGUGAGGGCCGGAGACGUAAACCUUGACUAUUUCCAGUGUCGACGUCCUGGCGUAGUUGAUCCCACGCUCAGGAAUAAAAACACGAAACGCGGCAUUUUAAAGAUGUUUAGUAAAUCCAAUUCUACACCAACAGAACCCCAGUACAACGUGUCAAACCCUGUUUGCGGAAGUAUAUCCUGUUGUGGGCUCAAGCUAAACCCUAGUCUUACAGAGGAGAGGGUUGGAUCAAGUAACGGAUCUGACUCCGGGUCCCGUCAAUCCCCCGGACUAGUAUCCGAUCAGGAUGAUAUUUGGCUUGAAUGUGAUGACGAACAGGUUUCUGUAAUAACAAGGCAUCAAUUAGAAGAUUUAUUAGCAUCCCGUCAGUCCACCACCACUCCUUAUUUAUUGUUUUAUAAUAGAAUAUGUUAAAUUUUUAUUAAAUAUCCCUCUAUAUAUUUAUAGAGUAGUAAAAUUA